GAGAAUAAACAAGAGGAAGAGAUGGAAUUGAAGCAGUUUUAUCAAUAAAAGCACAACAUCUGUGUUGUUUACUUUUUUUGUUUUAAUAACCAGUUAAUAUGUUGCUGAAAUACAGCUAUUUCCUCAUACCUGUUGGCCUUUCUGGAAAGUAACUUCAAGGUAGAUUUAACUGUGGACAGAACAUUAGCUUUGUAUUCUCGUGAGUAACUGUGGGAGAAGAUAAAUGGCACACGGCAGUUAAUAUUAUUGAUAUAAGGUUGGUCUGUGACUUGAUUUGUCACAAAUGUCUUCAAGAAAAGAGAAAUAUGCAUGCAGUUUACAGUGACUAAAUCUUUUUAUGCCUCUAUUUUCAAUCUGUAUAAAGAAAGGAGAAAAUUAUGUUUUCCCACCCUGAAAUUUAGUGGCAUCUCAUAACUAAUUUGGAAAGUAGCAUCCCUGGACAAUGCAGCACUAUAAAUAAAAGUAAAUUCUGCUUCCAGAAGUGGCCAAUGCCUGAUGGUUCAGGAAACUGUACAAUUUAAAUUUAAAAUUUACUGGUAAUUAAUAAUCAGCUCUGCAGUAGAUUGGGAAUUAUGAGAUACUUGAUUUGUAUUAGUUGUCAGUCUUAACUGUCUUCUGUCAGCUGCUCUUUCAGAUUUAUUGUACUGUUACAAAUGGAGAAAGAACUAAAUGAUCUCCUUCAGUGGAAAGAAAAAGAAGGGAAAGAGCUACGUGCUUGCCAGUUCCCGUGUUAAAAGAAAAUGCUGCAAGAUGUCAAAAAGCAACUCCAAGACAUACAUGAAAAAUUUAACAAAUUGAAAGAAGAUUUUGUCUAUAAUCUAGGAAUUUUAGGAGAGGUGACGAGUUAGAACACUAUGAUGUCACAUUCAUUAAUUUGAAAACAUCUGAAAGUGCUCAACAGGCAGAGAUCAGUGAUCUUAGAAUACAACUGGAGCAAAUGUUUGUCAAGGAAAGAAGAAAAAGAUGCAGACUUCAUUAUCACUAUCGACAACACAUUGAAGAACAUAUAUUAGACCUGGAAUGGUUUUGCAGCUCUAGGAACAAUCACAUAGAUCAUCAGCAUGAGGAGUAUGUGCAUCUAAAACAUCACAUGGAGAGAAAAAUCCAAGAACUGGAAGGAGAGUUUGCUUGUCAGAAACAGGUGAAGCUGCUGACCAGAGAACUGGAGGCUCUCAAAGAGACUGGAAUGCAAACACCAGAAUCACUGCACACAGCAGAAAUGUUUGACCUGAGACUGGAGAAAGAAAAAGAGUUCAGCGAUUUUGUUGCCGUGAAAGACGCUUGGCAUGAAGAACUAGCUCAUGCUGCCAAGGAAAAGGAUGCAAUGCCAGCUUCAGUGAAAGAAGCCCAAGUCAAACAAUUUAAAAAGUUGAAGCAGCAGAUUAGAGAACUGCAGAUGAGACAUAAAAGUCUGGAAAUUGAGCUAUGCAGAAGAGAAUGGAGUCACAGUGUUUGUUUAAGAGAGAAAGAUGCCCUUAUUAGAAAGUAUAAACAACAACUAUAUCUGGUAGCUGAGCGAGAAUGGAUUCUGGAACAGAGUAAAAUGCAAGCAGAACUGGACUGGCAGCAGCUCUGCGAGAAUGCUGAAAGUAACUGGUAUCAGAAAUCAGAGGAUCUAACACAAAGGCUGUCUUCACCAAGAGAGCAGGUUGAAGCUGAUCUACAGAAAACAGACUACAGGUUGCACAAAAUGACGACUGUUCUUUCUGCUUUGACUGUUGAGAGAGAACAGACAAUGCAAGCAUCAUAUAAUCACAGUAUUUUACCUGAAGGGGAGAAACAGAUAUUUCAGUACAACGAUAAAAGUUCUCUGAGCAAAGAUAUUCCUACCUUGGAAAUAAAAAAGCUGCAGGAGCAGAAUGCCAACCUUCGGGCUGCUAUUGCACAAAUGAGGAAAAAAAUGGAGAGUCUUGAUGAGCAGAUGCUGUCCUCUCUUCCUCUGACAGAAAACAGACAGCUCGCAGAGCAAGGUGACAACUCUUGCCACAGAACUCUAAAUUCAGUUAAGGAAGUGCAGCAGUCACGGUCACAACCUAUGAGGGCUACCCAACCCACAGGUUCAUUGAGCACAAACAAAAUGUCAGCUGGAACCACUUUGAGCAAUAUCGAAGUCAGCUCAACUGACUUGGAUCAUAUAGUAAACCCAGACACAGGAAAGGGGCCAAAUCCCAAAGUUCUUGAAGAAAAGAUGGUAGACCUUGGACAACAGUUACCUGACAUAGGUCCUGGUGUUGGUCUUCAAUAUGGUGCCAGUUGCAGUCUACAAGGAAUGCAAAAUAAACUGAAGGAAGCAGCAAGAAAAAUCUCAAUUCUGAGCCAAGAGAAGCAGCAGCUGAUUGAAAUGGGAAACAGACUCAGGGCAGAACUUGGAAUGGUAUUAAAGGAAGGACUUGGGCAUCCUGUUACCUCUAAGUGCUGCACAGUUUGUAUUAUCUGUGGUAGUCUUUUUCCAAGAGAGCUUGUCAAAAGAACACAGUGUCACCUGUCAGCUUUAAGGCAUCUACAACACAGGCUUACAACACAGGAGCUGCAGUAUGCAAAACGACAGCAUCCGUCAAGGAUCUCUUCUCUGAUUGCCUGCCCUAGCUUAAAGGAAGAAGUAGCUCUAAGCAGCUGUGGGGAAGAAACAGAAUUACCAUCCACUGAGGUUCAGCUGGAUUUCUCUAUUGAAAAUCAUGGGCCAGAGCAACGAAAAGCAGAUACAUCCUCAAAGACUGAUCGAAUUCAGCCACUCAGGCAGAGUCCUAGUCAAGUCCAGCAGGUCCAGCUUUCUUCAUCUAGAGCACAUAAUUUCUGCCAAGGUAUUUGGGAAACUUUAGAAAUGGGAUCAAGCCCUUCUAUUCUCAGUGCUCAAAAGAACACUGACCAAGUGGAGUUUGAAGUUACACGUUCAAAUGAGCAAUCUGAAGAAUCUCAGCAAAAUAUCAAAGCCAAGGAUAAACUUGAAAUGCCAGCUGCAGAUUUGACAGUCAGAGGAACCAGGCUGGAAGUUCAGCAGAAGUUAAAAUCCAGGAAUUUGUUUUGUGCUCAUCCCAUAAAACCAAAAAUCUCUUCUAACAUGCCAAAAAUCCGCAACUAUAAUAUUAAGGACUGAAUUCUUUGUUGACAGCAAAUUCCAGGUCCACACUUGCUAUUAACUUACUUUGAAAUCUAUAAAUCACAUAUAAAUAUCGUCUUCAUUAUUGUAUGUCGACUUGGGAUGUUUGCAUCCAGAAGAGAGAACAAAUGCCCUGUUUCAUACUAAAAUAAAAUAAAGGGUUAAUCUGUGUACAUACUGAGAUUACAGUCUUCACUGUUAAUACUGAUUUAUUUUAAUUAUAUAUGUUAAAUAUUGCUUGCAUCAUGGAUUUAGAAAUGCCCAGUUAAUACAUAUGUAAAGCCUUGUGCCUUUAGGCAGGGCUUGCAGGUCUUUAGCAAAUACUUUGUUGAGAAACUAGAUGUGAUUUAAGCUUAGAAGUGGGAUGCCUCAACCUACUUGUUUUCUUAUAAUUAACGAUGCAACCGUUAAUCCUGUGCAGCUAUCUUUCUACUUGAAAGAAAGGAGUUUGAAAAGAUUACACCUCAGUCUGUAUUGUUUCUCAUCUUCUGUAGCUCUUUACACUUGUUCAGACAGCAUGAAAGUGUAUAAAAUUAAACUUCUGUUGUCACACCAGUAAUUUUAUUUUUCUUUAACAAGAGAGUGCAUAGAGUUUAAAGCAGUGAAAAACAUGUUCAUUAGCAACACUUAGAGUCAUACAGAAGCAUUGUAAAAAAUGUCUUACAACAGAUGAAACUAAAAGAAAACUUGAAUGAGUUGUGAUAUAAUGAGGGAUAUCUGUAUAGUUAUGAACACACCAGGACAUUGAAACAAUUGGUGUGUUUUCGUAACAUUUCCAGUAAUGCUGAGUUAUCUUGGGAUAUUACAGUGAUGAACUUUACUAUAAGUAAAGGAAAUAUAUGUGAAAAACUCAAGAAAAACCUUUUUUUACUGUGAGGAUGGUCAAGCACUGGAACAGAUUGCCCAGAGAUGUUACGGAGUCUCCAUCUGUGGAGAUACUCAAAACCCAACUAGAUGUAGUUCUGGGCAACCUGUUCCAGCUGACCAUCCUUGAACAGAGAUUGGACUAGGUGAUCUCAAGAGGUUCCUUCCAACCUAACUGAUUCUGUGAUUCUGUGAGUGAUAUCACUGAAGUGAGUGAUACUUCUCAGUUGCUGCUAAAAACAUAUAAAAGCUAAACAGGAUUAAUGAAGGAAAAGCACUACUUACCAAUGAGUGGGUUUUUUUCUGGAGUGCUUUUGUUUUUAGAAAUGCUUUCCUGGUACUCUUUGCAAACAGCUGCUCUCUUUGUCAUAUGACAAUGUGAUAGUAAUAAUUUUGAGAAUUUGAAUAUUUUUCUACUCACUGCUGAAAAUGUUUUGCUUUAGCGCAAAGAUUCUAUGAUAUUGUAAUCAGAUGCUAAAUCUGCAAUAAAUUUCAUUGAGA